CCCACAUCCAAUGGAGCCGCUGCGCAAACGACUCAAGCACCGGGCGACAGGCGCCGACUGCAACUUCGUCGCUGCCUACGGCGUCCAUGCGCCGACGGCCAUGCGGAGCGAAGAGGCUUCUUGGCUGCGGCUGGAGCAUGGCAUCGAGGUCGCCCAAGCCAGCGCCGACAGUAGUCUGCCACCGCCAAGCCCGCGGUUUGCCGACGCCGGUCUGCCGCCGGCCGUCGUCGCCGCCAUUGAGGCGUCAAUCGGAGCGACUCCGACGGCUGUGCAAAUGCAAGCGCUGCCGUGCCUUCUUCAAGGGCGCGACGUGGUCUGCAUUGCGCCAACGGGCAGCGGCAAGACACUCGCGUAUCUCGCGCCACUGGUCGCGCUCCACAUGACGCAGCCGACGCCAUUGGCGCUGACCGGUCUCGUCUUGGCGCCGACGCGCGAGGUCAUGGAGCAGAUCUGUCGCGUGUGCCUCGAGCUCGUCCACGCGUCGCUGGCUGCCAAUAGCACGCGCGUCGUCGGCGUCUGUGGCGGACUCCCGCUCGGGCCGCAGCUCCACGCCGUUCGCGACGGAAUCGACAUUCUCAUUGCGACGCCCGGGCGGCUCUGCCACUUGAUAUCUGCCCACGGACUCUCGCUCCAGACGCUGCGGUACCUCGUGCUCGACGAAGUCGACCGGAUGGUGGGGUUCGAGGCGUCCUUGCUGACGAUUCUGCGCGCGUGCAACCCGCUGGCGCGACAGACCGUCGUAUGCAGCGCGACCUUGCCCCCGUCGGUCGAGGCCAUUGUCCGCAGCGCCGUCUUGGACCCGAUUAGUAUCAACGUAUCAACAUCUUUGAAAACGAAUGCGAUCACGUACACGUGCAGUCUCCUGCCGUCGACCUCGUCGAAAGUGCAGUGGCUACUGCAGACGCUGCGACGCGACGUAUCUCGGCCGCCGGUGCUCGUGUUUUGCAAUGCGACGGCGACCGUGUGGAAGCUCGUGCAGCAGCUCGUCUCGGAGCAGUUCCACGCCGCGCCGUUCGUCGGCGACAUGCCCCAAGACGCGCGCUUCCAAGUGCUCUCGGCGCUGCGAGAUGGCCGCGUCGACGUGGUGGUCGCUACGGACGUCGCGGCGCGCGGCCUCGACGUUCCCGACCUUCCGUGCGUCAUCCAGCUCGACCUGCCAGUGUCGAUCGAGACGUUUUGCCACCGCGCCGGGCGUACGGGGCGGCAAGGCAAGCACGGCGUGUGCGUCGCGUGCGUCACCUUUCAAGACGACCGCGAGAUUGUCGCCGAGGUCGCAGAGUACGUGGCGACGCUGCGACAGCACGUGCCGAUCGAGAUGACGGCCCUCUCGCGCUUCCAAAGUCAAGCACGCAACUAAGUAUUUUUCAAUUUCAAAAGGUCUAUAUGGAAGC